GAGUUUGAUGUGGCAGCCAUCUUAGAGCUGAAAGACCAGCACGGACACAGAAGUUUUGGCUAGAUUUUUAGAUAAAAACGCAAAAGCAAGGAUGUAGUCCACUGCUGUGAUUUGCAUUGUAUUUAAAAUGGAAAAUCAAAGUUCUGAUUUUAAUUCCAGGCUGCUGGAGUUGGAGAGGCUGAUAAGUGAAGAGCGGUAUAACUACAUCAAAGCGGGUGCUAAAUUUUGCUCAUACCAGUUUAUAAGAACAUGUCUUCUUGACUCAUAUUUGGCCGCCUUUCACAUUAUGUUCCUAAAAUUUCCAAAUUGCAAAGAUCUUUUUAAUUCUGACAAGUUGUUCAAAAAUAUUCUGGCUUUGCUAAAUGACAGAAAGUAUGCUCAAGCUAAAGUUGUUUCUAUGUGGCAGCUGAAACAUGUUAAAAUUGAUCACACAUGCAAGGAAGUGGACUUUUAUGGCAACAUGAAAGACCAUUUCCCUCUGUUUCAUAAACUGGUAUGUGCUGAAAUGACUUCCAACCAAAAAAUUCCAAAUGAUAGUCUCAUCCAUAAAGAAAUACUCAGCAACUUUAAUAAAUUUGGUUAUAUAAAGGCUUUGGGAGAUCCAGCAGAUCCAACACUUAUUCUGUUGUACUGUUUGACUUCGGAACCACUACCGUGUGUCAAAGAUAAGAAGAAAAGAAUCUUUGAGAUUCAGUUUUUCCUACUUGGGAAGGAUGAGCACAUGGCUAUGUGUUUCAGAUUCUCCACCAAUGAAUGGCUGUUCUAUGACAAUGACCCAGCAAAGCCUUCUUUCCAGUCUUUUUCCUUUGAUACAAUUAAAGAGUAUGUCAUUUGUUUGGCCGGAUACGUCAACAUAACCCAAGCGCAGGAAUGUAAACUUGGCAUUCCUGAGACUGGAGAAGGAACAGGAGCACAGCCUUUCUAUUCAAGUGAAAGCACUUCCCUCUUGGAUACAGAACAGUCAGUGGAGGAUGUGGAAAUGGAAGAUCUGUCCUCUUACUCUGUACCCAUUCCUGAGACUGGAGAAGGACUGGGACCACAGCCUUUCUAUCAAAACUGACCAGAAGUUUCCCCCAUAUUCAGCCACCCAGAAAAGCCAGUGGAAGACACAGAAAUGCCAUAAAGUUAUACCAAAUCAGUGGGCAUUAUUGUCCAUGCCCUACAGUUUUACAGUUUUACAGUUUUACGUUUUGUUAUUUUAGUUUGUUAUUUUCUUAGUUUCCAUCGGUUAGGUGGGAAGGACCCCAGGUCUGACCUCCAACUGCUGGGGGGCCUGGACCUUCCCUUUUUUAUGAUUUGCUGCCUUAAUCAUUUGUACCAUU